GGUAUAGUAACCGGCUUUCCCUUCGAUUGAGUCAAUCUUCUCGUUCAUUAAGAAAAACGAUAAAAAUAUUCAAAAAACCAUGUCAAACGAGAAAUUAUUACGAUGCUACAAUAGAGGAUGCGGUAAAGAAUUUAGAGAAGGCGAUGAUAGUGAAGAUUGUUCACAUCAUCCUGGUGCCCCAGUCUUCCAUGAUGCAUUAAAGGGAUGGUCCUGUUGCAAAAAAAGAGUCACAGAUUUUACAGAAUUUCUAAAUAUUAUGGGCUGUACUAGGUCUAAACACAGCAAUGUAAAGCCGCCAGAACCUGAACCAACCAACAAGGAUGAAAAACCACUAGAAAAAGAUGAGGUUAUUGAAGUAAGAAAACCAAUGAAGAAAAAAGAAGAUAUGUUACCACGACCGAGUGAUGAUAUUCCAAAAACCAAGCUUAAAAUGACAGUGACUGAUUCAUUAAGAAAAGCCCUUGAAAAACAGAAACAGCAAGAUAAGCAGGAAGACAAUGAAGUUGCUGAUAAUGAAACUGAUGAAGUUAAGCCUGGUACUGUAUGUAAAAAUAGUUCUUGUAAUCAGACUUACGAAAAUGAGAGUUCCAAUGAUGAGAAGUGUUGGUUUCAUCCUGGAGCACCGAUCUUCCAUGAAGGGUUUAAAUUCUGGACUUGCUGUCAAAAAAGAACCUCAGAUUUUAGUGAAUUUUUGAAUCAAGAAGGGUGUACUCCAGGCAGUCAUCGCUGGAAACUCACAGAUGAGGAGAAAAGCAAAAUGGUUGUGUGCAGAUAUGAUUGGUACCAAAUGGGUAAUUCUGUUGUCCUGUCCAUUUAUGCUAAACUACCAGACCCUGAGCAAUCAGUAAUAGAGGCAAACAACACUCUGCUGAGUGUGAAACUAAUCUUUGGUGGAGCUAAUUCAUUCAAACUGAACUUGAAUCUUAAUGGAGUAAUUGAGCCUUCUAAAAGUUCUGUUCUUCUUUCCCCUACAAAAGUUGAAGUUAAAUUGAGAAAAGCAGAACUAGGAGCAUGGAAUAGUCUUGAACUGAAAACAGAAACUAAGGGAUAAAAAUGUACAAAAAUAAAACGGUCACAUAAAGUUGUUGGAAAAAGAUGCUACCACUUAAUAUUUUUAUAAAGUAAAAAGUCUUGUUUUAUCUAUAUCUGUUGUAUGAUAGGAUAUAGUGUGCUAGAGCUGACCUAUGAUUGGUAUGACUGUAUCAUAUAAUAAGAUAUUUAGAUUAGCCCUCAACCCUGAAUGGGCCAUGAGUCAACAGCCCAUGCAGCUGAAGGCCGAAUGUCGUAUUGAGUCAUAGGCUAUAAGGGCAAGAGGACUAAUUGUCUUAGUCAAAUCCAACUAGUCGGUUAAAUAUCUAGAUGCAAACAGUUGAAUUAAAGUUAAAUUUAAUGUUUUGGUUUUCCAAGCUGGCACUUUUUGCUACUGGUAGGCUAUAACUUGUAGCCUAGUAGUAGUUCAUCCAAUCGGAACCCAGCAUUGAUUAUGAAACACUUGUUGGAUUUGACUAAACUCAGUCAUGAUAUCAAACAGAUGUCAGAUUAAGACUGUGCGAUCCUAUGUAAUGUGAUAUGUUGCAGUCAUAAUAGUCAUGCUAUAAACAAAAAUACAAUACAAAAGAUACUGAAGAUCACAAUUUGAUAAUCUAAUCUAUAUGGAAAUAACCCUUUUUUCUGCACAUUUUCAUUGUCCUUUUUUUUUUUCUAGUUGCAAUAUCCUUCUUGGCUUAACAUGUGUCGAAAUAGAUUCAAGUUGUUCCAGAAUUGGUUAUUUUUUAUUAUGGAGGAUAUUUUUAAUGUAGGAAUUUCUUUAUCUGUUUCGUAUUUAAACGACCGGUAAUUAAUCAGAUCAGUUAAGCCUUUGAUGUUAUUCUUGAGCUUUUCCAUGAUUCGGGUAAAAUCAUUUCCGCGAAUGUUUUUACUGUUUCUUGGCAUGGCACUUUGCGAUAAGUAAGAGCACAUGAAAAACACUGUCUAACAUGAAACCUUUCUUUUUGCCUUUUUUAUCAGCCCUUUUUUUGAAAUAUUUUGCUUAUCAUUAUUUCAUUGUAAAUAACAACUUUAUUAUUGAUGUUUUUCAUGCACUGGUGAGACAAUGGAACACCGGGUCUUUCACCUGAACAUUCUAGAAUACGAAAAGGAAUUAGAUCGCGACGACUGGUUUUCUCGUAGUUAUUAUCAAUAGGAUUGACCCCGAAUGAUAGCACAUGGUCUGGUAAGCUUGGGGCAUUUAAUGUACGAUUACUUAUAACGUUCAUUGCAUCCAGCAUUCUCCAUAAAUACUUGCUCAUUUUUUUCA